AGUCUAAUGAAAGGCGAUAUCAGAAAAAAUGUAUGUCGCUCUUGUGAAACAAUUUGUGCAGCGGUCGUUGACAACUAAUAUCCCGUUAUGUGCUGGUCGACAAGUUGGACUUGCAGGAAAGAGUAGUCAAUUUCGUGCAGCUUCAAAAUGGUAUCCGGAUCCGGAGUUUAUGAAGCAAUUCAGCGGACCCGUAAUGUACCCAGAUACAGAUGCUUCCUUAUGGAAGUUGCCACCAUGGAAUAAUAAAAUUAUUCCGGUGGAAAAAUCAGUACGUAACCUGACCUUAAAUUUUGGUCCUCAGCAUCCAGCUGCUCAUGGCGUACUGCGUUUGGUUUUGGAACUCGAUGGAGAGACUGUUGUGAGAGCCGAUCCUCAUAUUGGACUGUUGCAUAGGGGCACUGAAAAACUAAUUGAAUAUAAAACUUACACCCAAGCUCUGCCAUAUUUUGAUAGAUUGGAUUACGUUUCAAUGAUGUGUAAUGAACAGUGCUACUCAAUGGCAGUGGAAAAAUUGCUAAAUAUAGAAGUUCCUCUACGUGCAAAAUAUAUUAGAACGUUAUUUGCUGAAGUAACACGUAUUCUUAAUCACAUAAUGGCUAUUGGAACACAUGCUCUAGAUGUAGGUGCUUUAACACCAUUUUUCUGGCUUUUUGAAGAACGUGAAAAAUUGAUGGAAUUCUAUGAACGUGUGUCUGGAGCACGGAUGCAUGCUGCUUAUAUACGUCCUGGUGGUGUCUCUUUGGAUAUGCCUUUAGGCUUAAUGGACGAUAUUUACGAAUUUGCUGCUAAGUUUGCCGAACGUCUAGAUGAGGUGGAAGAUGUAUUAACUACAAAUCGAAUAUGGGUUCAACGAACAAUGGAUAUUGGUAUUGUAUCAGCUGAAGAGGCACUUAAUUAUGGUUUUAGUGGUGUAAUGCUACGCGGAUCAGGGAUAAAAUGGGACUUACGUAAGCAGCAACCAUAUGACGCGUAUGAUUUGGUUGAAUUUGACGUUCCAAUUGGUACAAAGGGUGAUUGCUAUGACCGAUAUCUUUGCCGAAUAGAAGAAAUGCGACAGUCUUUACGGAUUAUUGAGCAAUGCCUAAACCAAAUGCCAGCUGGUGAAAUAAAAACUGAUGAUGCGAAAGUUGUGCCACCUUGUCGGACUGAAAUGAAAACGUCAAUGGAAGCCUUAAUUCAUCACUUUAAAUUAUUUACACAAGGUUACCAAGUACCUCCAGGUGUAACAUAUACUGCAAUUGAGGCACCAAAAGGGGAAUUCGGAGUUUAUUUGGUAUCAGACGGUAGUAGUAGACCUUAUCGAUGUAAAAUUAAGGCUCCCGGUUUCGCACAUUUAGCAGCGCUUAAUAAAAUUGGAAAACAACAUAUGUUGGCUGAUAUAGUCGCUAUAAUUGGCACAUUGGAUGUUGUGUUUGGUGAAAUCGAUCGUUAAAUUAAUUCUCACUGUAUAUGUUAUUAAAAUUUUUUGAAAUGAAAAAACGUGAAAACACGUAAUAUUAAUAAAUGAAGAAUUCCUAGAUGCUAAACAAGAU